AUGGGUACCAGGCCGGCUUCAAAGGCAGGCUCGUGGUAUAAAGACGAACCAGAUGAACUGAUGCAGGAUCUCGACCGGCAUCUUGCCAAGGUUCCCGAGACCGUCGACGGCUCUCCGUUGCCCAUUCCUGGGGCGCGAGUCAUCAUUGCACCUCACGCAGGAUACGAAUACUCCGGGCCCAAUGCUGCCUGGGCCUACAGCUGCCUAGACCUUAGCAAGGCGAAGCGAGUGUUCAUCCUUGGUCCAUCUCACACCUACGGCCUGUCCGGAUGUGCCGCCACAACAUUUGAAAAGUAUGCUACCCCUUUCGGCGAUUUCACUGUCGAUAGAGAUACCAUUGAGCGAGUCAAAGAGGCAGGAGGAAUGGCCGAUGCGCCGCGGGACAACGAUGUCGAGGAGCACUCCCUCGAAAUGCACUUACCUUAUCUCUACAAACGCUGUCAACAGACCUUCAAAUCCCCGGAUGAGUUCCCAAAAAUCGUUCCGAUAAUCGUCGGAAGUACUAGUCGAAGAGAAGAGAAAGACCUUGGCCGACUGCUACUGUCAUAUCUCAAAGAUGAAGAAAAUGCUUUCAUCAUCAGCUCGGACUUUUGCCAUUGGGGCACGCGAUUUCGUUAUGCUGUCUACAGUCGAGACGGGGACAUUGGGAGACUGUCAUCUUUGUACAGGAACAGCCCAAAGCCGUCCGGACCGCCCAUUUACGAGACUAUUCGCCUGCUUGAUGAGGCGGCCAUGGAUGCUGUCAAGAGCGGCAGCCAUGACGCCUUUGUCGAGAACCUUCGGCAUACGGGGAAUACGGUGUGUGGGAGGCAUCCCAUCGGAGUUGCCAUGGCUGCCCUUGAGCUCUAUGCUCAGGAGCUCAGCGAUGAGAACAAGGGCCGCUUCAAAAUUGUAAAGUAUGACCGCAGCAGCGAGGUUGUAUGGCCCUAUGACUCGAGCGUCAGUUAUGUUUCCGCAUAUGCCGUGUUGUGA